AACUACCUCUCUUUAAUAUCACAAGACGUACAUUGUCUCGUUAUCUUUUCAGUUCAUAUCAUCACUGCCAAACAUUUCAAGCACCAAACACUUGCGUUCUUUUUCAGCAAUGAAGUGAUCAGUUUCAUAUAGGCAAGUAACCGACGUCGUGCCUUUGAUUUAUCUUCUUUUCAAUCGGAAUGAAAAGCUAGAGUUAAUUCAUCGUCAAGAUGGCGUCAGCUUUAGCAGGAGAUGAUCUGUCGGCAAGAUCAAUGAGCAGCGGGCGUGGGGGUUGGGGGUCGGCGAGGUUCCGGGAUAUUUGGCAAACUCCGCCCGAAGUGUUCGAGAGGAGCCAACGGCAUGACACGGAGGAGGAUCUCAUUUGGGCUGCCAUCGAACGACUUCCCAUGUAUGAUCGCCUUCGGAAAAGUAUGAUAAGGAAAGUUGGUGAUAAUGGGAAAGUUGUUCUUCACGAAGUUGAUGUAACUAAGCUUGGACAACAGAAUAAGAAGCAACUCAUAGACAGUAUUUUGAAGGUUGUCGAACAAGAUAAUGAAAAUUUUCUCAGGAAAUUAAGGGAUCGAACUGAUAGAGUUGGCAUUGAAAUUCCAAAAAUUGAAGUUAGAUUUGAGCAUUUAUCAGUUGAAGGAGACGUUUACGUCGGAAGCCGAGCUCUUCCUACACUGCUUAAUGUUACCUUGAAUAUCAUAGAGAGUAUUCUUGGAUUGGUUCGGCUUGUACCUUCUAGGAAAAGAAAGAUUGAGAUACUUAAAGAUGUCAGUGGAAUUGUGAAACCGUCAAGGAUGACCCUAGUUUUGGGUCCUCCAGGUGCAGGGAAAACAACAUUCUUGCAAGCACUUGCAGGAAGGCUUGAUCAGGAUCUAAGAUCUAGUGGGAGAAUCACAUAUUGUGGUUAUGAAAUGAGUGAGUUUAUUCCUCAAAGAACAUGUGCUUAUAUCGGUCACCAUGAUGUUCACCAUGGUGAAAUGACAGUGAGGGAAACAUUGGAUUUCUCGGGACGGUGUCUCGGUGUUGGCACCAGAUAUGAAAUAUUGAAAGAGCUCUCAAAUCGGGAAAAAGAGGCAGGGAUCAAGCCAGAUCCUGAAAUUGAUGCAUUCAUGAAAGCAACAGCUAUGGCAGGCCAACGAACUAGCUUGGUUACAGAUUAUGUUCUUAAGAUACUUGGACUAGAAAUGUGUUCGGAUACUCUGGUCGGGGACGACAUGCGUAGAGGUAUUUCUGGUGGUGAAAAGAAGCGUUUGACCACUGGAGAGAUGUUGGUUGGUCCAGCAAAGGCCUUCUUCAUGGACGAAAUAUCGACGGGGCUGGACAGUUCUACCACUUACCAGAUUUGCAAGUUCAUGAGGCAAAUGGUUCAUAUCAUGGAUGUAACCAUGGUCAUUUCUCUUCUGCAACCAGCACCCGAGACAUACGAUCAGUUCGACCACCUUAUCCUACUUUCGGAAGGUCAAAUUGUCUACCAAGGUCCCACCCAAGGUGUCCUUGAGUUCUUUGAAUACAUGGGUUUCAAAUGCCCUGAAAGAAAAGGAGUUGCAGACUUUUUGCAAGAAGUAACUUCCAAGAAGGACCAACAGCAAUAUUGGUUCAGAAAAGACCAGCCUUAUAGUUAUGUUACGGUUUCCGAGUUUGUGCAGGGGUUCAACUCAUUCCACAUUGGCCAACAGCUUGAAUCCGAUCUGAGGGUUCCUUAUGACAGAUCAGUAGCACGCCAUCCUGCAGUAGUUACAGAAAAAUAUGGCAUUUCAAACUGGGAGUUGUUCAGGGCAUGCUUUGCAAGGGAAUGGUUGCUAAUGAAACGUAACUCAUUCGUGUACAUAUUCAAGACUGUCCAAAUUACGAUCAUGUCAUUGAUUGCCAUGACCGUAUUUUUCAUAAAAGAAAUGCAUGCAGGCAAUUUGGAAGACGGUUCGAAAUUUUUCGGAGCUUUGUUUUACAGUCUAAUCAAUGUAAUGUUUAAUGGGAUGGCAGAACUUGCAAUGACAAUUUUCAGGCUUCCUGUUUUCUAUAAACAAAGGGACUUCUUGUUCUAUCCUCCAUGGGCUUUUAGCCUUUCCAUUUGGAUCAUCAAGAUCCCAUUGUCAUUAUUGGAAUCUGGAAUAUGGAUCUGCCUCACAUACUACACCAUUGGAUUUGCUCCAGCUGCUAGCAGGUUCUUCAGACAGUUCCUGGCAUUCUUUGGCAUACAUCAAAUGGCUUUAUCCCUCUUUAGGUUCAUUGCUGCUGUAGGAAGAACACAAGUCAUUGCAAACACAUUGGGUACCUUCACCUUGCUAAUGGUUUUCGUGCUUGGAGGUUUCAUUGUUGCAAGAGAUGACAUUGAACCAUGGAUGAUAUGGGGCUACUAUUUGUCUCCAAUGAUGUAUGGACAAAAUGCCAUCGUCAUGAAUGAAUUUCUUGAUAAAAGAUGGAAUAGACAAAAUAAUGACACCAGAAUUAAUGCAACUACAGUCGGACAAGUCCUUCUAAAGAGUAGAGGUUUCCAUACAGAAGAUUGUUGGUUUUGGAUUUCUGUUGCAGCGCUGUUCGGAUUUUCUGUUCUCUUCAACAUUUUAUUCAUUGUGGCGUUGACUUACCUCAACCCUCUGCGUGAUUCCAAAGCAAUAGUUGUUGAUGAAAAUGAAAAUACGAACAAGAAAGAGUCAUCCUCGGGAAAAAACAUACCAGGUACUGAUCUGCCAGUGAGAAAUUCUUUGGAUGCCACCAACAUCACGGGGCGACCCACUGGAAGAGGAAUGGUGUUGCCUUUCAAACCACUUUCACUUGCGUUCAACCAUGUUAGCUACUCUGUAGAUAUGCCUUCUGAAAUGAAGAGCCAAGGUGUUGAAGAGGAUCAUCUUAAGUUGCUACGAAAUGUUAGUGGCGCUUUUAGACCAGGGAUAUUGACAGCAUUGGUGGGUGUCACUGGUGCCGGAAAGACAACCCUGAUGGAUGUAUUAGCAGGAAGGAAAACCGGGGGAUACAUUGAGGGAAGCAUAAGCGUCUCUGGAUAUCCAAAGAACCAAGCUACAUUUACUCGUGUCAGCGGCUACUGCGAACAAAAUGAUAUCCACUCUCCUCAUGUCACAGUCUAUGAAUCCCUGCUGUACUCAGCCUGGCUUCGUCUUUCUUCAGAAGUUGACACCAAGACAAGAAAGAUGUUCAUUGAAGAGGUUAUGGAGUUGAUUGAGCUCAAGCCACUACGGGGUGCUAUAGUUGGCCUUCCAGGAGUAGAUGGUCUUUCAACAGAACAAAGGAAGAGGUUGACAAUUGCAGUUGAAUUGGUUGCUAAUCCUUCUAUCAUCUUUAUGGAUGAGCCAACAUCCGGGCUUGAUGCCAGGGCUGCUGCAAUUGUAAUGCGGACAGUGAGAAACACCGUUGAUACGGGGAGAACCGUAGUGUGCACCAUUCACCAACCUAGCAUAGACAUUUUUGAGUCUUUUGAUGAGUUGCUGUUGAUGAAAAGAGGAGGGCAAAUCAUCUAUGCCGGACCUCUUGGUCGCAACUCUCACAAUCUUGUACAAUAUUUUGAGGCUAUACCAGGAGUUCCAAAAAUCAAGGAAGGAUAUAAUCCAGCAACAUGGAUGCUUGAAAUCACCGCUCCUGCAGUUGAGAAUCAGCUGAAUGCAGACUUUGCAGAAAUUUACGCUGAAUCCUCCCUUUAUCAGAGGAAUCAAGAAAUUAUUGAAGAGCUCAGUCGUCCGGUUCCGGGCUCCGAGGAUCUCCACUUUCCGACCAAAUAUUCUCUACCAUUCCUCUCUCAAUGCAAGGUUUGUUUCCUGAAGCAACACUGGUCUUACAAGAGGAACCCUCGGUACAAUGCUAUUAGGUUCUUCAUAACAAUUGUCGUCGGAAUCUUGUUCGGCCUUAUCUUUUGGAACAAAGGACAACAAAUAGCAAAACAACAAGAUGUGCUGAACUUUUUCGGAGCGAUGUACAGUGCAGUGUUUUUCCUUGGAGCAGUGAAUGCUUCAACGGUGCAAGGCGUAGUUGCAGUAGAGAGAACCGUUUUUUAUCGCGAAAGAGCUGCCGGAAUGUAUUCUGAAUUUCCUUACGCGCUUGCUCAGGUGGCAAUAGAGAUAAUCUAUACCGCAAUCCAGACAGCGAUCUACGUUGCACUCCUAUACUUAAUGAUUGGGUAUGAAUGGAAGGCCAGCAACUUCCUAUGGUUCUACUACUACAUAACAGCAAGUUAUGUCUACUUCACACUGUAUGGGAUGAUGGUUAUUGCUCUCACUCCAGGGGCACAAGUUGCUGCAAUUGUCAUGUCAUUCUUCCUAAGUUUAUGGAACAUCUUCUCGGGUUUUCUCAUCCCGAGACCACUAAUCCCGGUAUGGUGGAGGUGGUAUUAUUGGGCAACUCCAGUGGCUUGGACACUCUAUGGCCUUAUUACGUCUCAAUUGGGUGACCGAAACUCCGAUCUUGAGGUGCCUGGAUUUCCCGACAUUCCGGUUAAGAGAUACAUUAAGGAAAUGUUCGGGUUCGAGUAUGAGUUCCUUCCUGUAGUUGCUGUCGUACACAUCGGUUGGUGUCUGCUGUUUUUCUUCGUAUUUGCCUACGGUAUCAAGUUCCUUAACUUUCAAAGAAGAUAAUUCUCUUGUUUCUUCAACGCGUAUGUUAGUUAUAGGAUGGAUGGUGUCACAAACGGCACACUACUCAUAUCACAACAUCAAACAAUACCCAGUAGAAACCACAUCAGUAACAUUCAACCUUUGAUUUUAAAGCUGAGAAUUGUUUAUCAAAAUCAUAUCCGUGAUUAAAUUAGUCAUAUUAUUAGUUUUUGAUCUAA